AUGUCACUCCUCGAGCUUGAAGAUACUGGCUAUGUCCUACACGAAGCGCCCGCACGAGAUAUGAGUUCAGCUCAUGAAAAGUCGGAAACUGCAGACUCGUUCGCGUCUACGCUGCCCGCUGGUCUUCCUCGGUCUUUCUCGAGCCCACAAGCGCCUCGGAAUCAAAGAGGCUCGACUACUGUACUCGGAAAAGUGCCGGUUGUCUCUGCCCGCGACACACAACUAUUGAGCCAAGCAACACACGAAGAUCUCAUCAUCGCCAAAAAUGCUGCCUAUUGCAUUGUGUACGAGUCUACUAUAGCCUAUGAGGCUCGUGUCGAACAACUUCAAGACGAUUACAAGGCCCUACUCGCCAGCAUACAGCCUCGCCCUGCAUCCUCUGCACCGACACGCACCUCUCAUCGGACUCUUCCAGUCGGAUCUUCCUUUGACCUCCCCGCUGACUUCGUUUCCCAACUGCCUACCGGUGUCGUCCCUUGGAAUUACAUACUUAGGCGCACCGACUUCAGGCUCAUCUCCCGCUGGACUCUCGAUGACCACAACAACGCAGAAGAGGAGCAUAUAGACAGCACUAGCACGCACAAGUUAAACCGCUCCAACGAGCCAUCUGAUUCUGACCUCGGUCGUGCCUUCGAGUAUGAGUGGGGUUCAACCGUGGGAACUGACACCAUUGGCAAGGCCGGCGCGACUGCCCGAGGCGUAUUUGCUACUUGGGAUACUAUCCCGAACGCAUGGUCUGAUGUUACGGGAGUGAAGAUGGUCGACUUUCUUGACACCAUGUAUUCGCACUACCCAUGGCUACGGCUUUGCGAUGGACACUGGAAGGCGAAGCUCAUUGGCUUCACGCGAUACCGAUACUGGAAGCGCGACUACUUGAAGACUUCGGUCAAGAUCGAAGAUGGCACGACAGACGAGCGCAGCAUGAAACGCUCUCGCGGCACAAAGGACAGCGAUACGCCACAAGCAAAGCGCCAGAAGCUCGGAUCCAAGUCCUCCACCCCAGCCCCGAGUCUGAGGGAGUCUGUAUCAUCUACCGCCCCAGUCUCGCCGUCUGCUUCCACGCCAUCGUCUCUCUUGCCCGCGAUCGAGCUCCCGCUUUUCUUGUCACACUCUCCAGCUGCAGUACAAUCAUCUUCUUGUGCCCCGCCAUCUGUCUCGACACCUUCUGCCUGCACGUCGACGCCACCCGCUAGUACAUUGUCGAGCGCAGUCUCUCCAAAAGUGCCGACGCUUUCGCCCAUCUCCCUUUUUCUCACGCAGGAUACUCGAUCAACUAGUAAUCGGGUGCAAACUACAAGCCCGGCUCUCCCUACGUCUGACGAAACAGCACCUGCUCGCAAGGCAACUCCCCCUCCAAUGCAAAACCCGUUGAACAAUGUGCCAAAAGCGCCUCGAUUUCCUACGCUCAAGGCACAGUCUCGCACGCGACCGCAGCAAGCAUCGCCUCAACCCUCGACAGAUCUCCCGGAUGAGACGCGUGCGAGCGACACGGUCGCACCAUCUAUCCCGACUGCAAGCAGUCUCUGUGAAUCUCACGACUUGGCGCCUGCUGCACCGGGUCCGUCCGUCAUGCCAUCGACGAGUGCCGAUCGCAAGAUCGUCAGGCCGAGCAACUCCAAAGCACCCAGGAAUCUCUGGUAUAGAGACUUGGUUACGCGCGAUGGCCAAGUUAAGGCCAAACUCUGCCUUACAUCUGGCGAACGCGACGAGCAGUGGGACUCGCUCACCACAGAAGAGAAGAAGCACUGGAGCGGCAUUUCAAAGGGUGCAAAGUCCGGAGCGAAACUCGCCGCGGAUGUGCCGUCUGUGGACUAA